AUCACAAUGUGAUAAGGUUCCCGUUGCAAUGAACGAAGAAGAAAAAGGGGGGAAAGAAGUGUGUGUAGGGGGGAGUUUGAUGUGCUGGGGCUCUGCCAAAAAAAAUUAGCUCAGUGUAAACACUUGAAGGCAUCUUUAGAAUGUCCUUAUCUGAGAGAGCACUGGAGCUUUUGUAUUCUGGAAGUUUUCAAACCAGCAGCUGUCUAGGAGCCAGGAUGGCAGGGACUUUUUAAUGUGGAUGUUUAGUACAAAGAAAAAUACAAGCCAGCUGACCAGAAAGACUGGAAUUUCAGCUCCCCACAGCCCACCUCCUUGGAUUUCUUCCUCUCCUGCUCUCCCUCCUUCUCCUCUCAUUUUGCAAGUCCUUCAAACCAGAGAUUAUUGGGUCAGCAACUCUCAUUAUCCUUCCCAAGCUCCAGUCUUCAUUUGCCAGCACUACCGAAGGAAUGCUAUUACUUGACAUAUCCUUAACAAAACACACAGGACACUAUUGCAUAAUGUCCUUGAAUGGAUGGUAAAGCUUCCCUUGAAAGGACGAAGAAGCCACCUCUUUUUCAAAGAGGUUUUCUCCUCUAAGAUGACGAAGAACAGCUGGCUCCUUUUGCUCUUUGCACUUCAUUUGAGAGGCAUCUGUUCCUCUUUCGUCAAUGUCAACCGUGGGGUGAAAGUGAUGAAAGGUCAGUCUGUUUUCCUGUCGCAAGAGGACCUGCAGUUUUCCAUCCCCAAAGAGAAGGAUGCCUGCAAAGUAGAAGUUGUGAUGAACGAGCCAAUCACACAACGAGUUGGGAAGCUGACCCCGCAGGUAUUUGACUGUCAUUUUCUCCCCAAUGAAGUCAAGUACACUCACAAUGGAUGUCCAAUUCUUGAUGAAGACUUAGUCUUGCUAAGGUUAUACAGAUUUACUGAAACUGAAACAUACACAGAAAUAUUUACCCUUCGUGUAAAGUUGCUUGAGCCAGAUUGUAAUAUUAUCAAGAUGAGCUCUAUAGCCCUGGAGGUCCCUGAGUUUCAUGGCCUGUCUAAUGUAAUUAACAAGAAUGUAAUUAUCUUGGACUAUAACAAGAAUAUGAACUUGGAGUGUAUGAUAAGCCUGAACUCUGUAGAAACCUUCUUACCCUCCAGUGGUCAGCUUGUGAUUGGAGAAGCCAAGGAAGAAGAACCUCGUGGAGAUCACCCUCAGAGUUUUUCCUCCACAUCAGGCCUGAAGACCAUUCAGAGCAUUAGCGUGAGCUGCCAGGACUUUCUCCUGAUGGGUCUUAGAUAUCAACAUUUGGAUCCUCCGUCACCCAGCAUUGAUUACAUUCCUAUCAGACUGGAUCUCACUGAUCGCAGAAGCAAAGCUGUGUACAAGUCUGAGCAUGUUUGGAUUCCUGUUCAGAUCAGAGGAGCAAUUUCUAACCAGGCCCCACAAGCUGCUUUCAUGGCUAUGUUCAUUCUGGAAGCAGACCAAUUUAUUUUGAGUCCAUUGUCAACAGCGAUACUGGAUGCUGAAGAUGGUGAAACGCCCAAAUCUCUUCUCGUGUUUAACAUUACCAAGCCACCUGAAGAAGGCUUCAUCACUCACCUACAAGAUCACACAAAGCCUGUCUCAUCUUUCACAUGGAAUAGCCUCAAUGAUAUGCUUAUCGCAUAUCAGCCUCCAAACAGGAGCCAUUCAGAGAGAAGAAAUUAUGAGGUAGAAUUUCAAGUUCAUGAUUUGUACUUUGAGAAGAGUCCACCAAUCACUCUCUAUAUAUCUGUCAGAACAUCAGAAACGAAUGCUCCUCGAGUUUCAUGGAAUACAGGUCUUGACCUCUUGGAAGGACAAUCUCGCCCUAUAACAUGGGAGCAGUUUCAGAUUGUAGACAAUGAUGAUAUUAGUGGUGUUCGCUUAGUCACUGUUGAUGGUUUGCAACAUGGACAGCUCACUGUAAGAGGAGGAAAGGGGUUCCUGUUCACAGUCGCAGACCUUAAGGCUGGUGUUGUCCAUUACCAGCAUGAUGACAGUGAUUCCACAAAGGACUAUAUUGUCUUCAGGAUCUUUGACAACCGCCACAGUAGCCGCCACAGGUUUCCUAUCAACAUCCUGCCUAAAGAUGACAGUCCUCCAUUCCUGAUUAAUAAUGUUGAGAUAGAGGUUCAUGAAGGACAAGUGAUUCUGAUCCAAGGAUCAAUGCUUCAAGCCUCUGACAUGGACUCUAGUGAUGACUACAUACUCUUUAAUGUCACCAAGUUGCCACUGGCAGGAGAAAUCAUGAAGAAACCAGCACCGGAUCUAAUUGGUUAUCCAGUCACUAAAUUCCUUCAGAAAGAUCUUUUUAAUGGAAUAAUUUACUACCAUCACUUGGGAAGAGAAAUAUUUGAAGAUUCAAUUGAGAUGGUUCUUUGUGACAGCCAUGAGCCUCCCAAUCUUUCCGAAACUCAGGUAGUAAGAGUGCACAUAAUUCCUGUGGAUGAUCAGCUUCCCAAAGAAACUCCAGGUGUGAACCGUCAGCUGACUGUCAAGGAGACAGAGAUUGCCUAUCUGACAAAGAAGCAGCUCAGUUUCAUAGACACAGAAGCGCAGGAUAGAGAGCUCAUCUAUACUGUCACUUCCCCUCCAUUAUUCUCUUCUUUGCAUCAUUACACAGAUGCUGGGAAAUUGUUUAUGGUGGACAGCAUUUCCAAACUGAUCAAGGAUCCUGCUACUCCCUCACUGAGAUCGUUUACUCAGCAUGCCAUAAACCACAUGAAAGUGGCAUAUAUGCCACCGUUGCAAGAUAUUGGUCCUGAGCCUCAGUACAUUCAGUUCAGAUUCUCAGUCAGCAACCAACAUGGAGGAACUCUGCAUGGCAUCUGUUUUAACAUUACCGUUCUUCCUGUGGACAACCAAGCUCCAGAGGUUUUUACAAACAACUUGAAGGUACAAGAAGGAGGGCUGUCCACUAUUACGGAGAAGAACAUUUUGAUUUCAGAUGUGGACACAAAGCUGGAAAACAUUCGUGUCCAACUACUAAGGCCACCUUCCUACGGGACUGUUGAAUUGGGAGGAAUUCCCAUCGAUGAAGGAGACCAACUGACUUGUGAAGAUUUGCACAAGUCCAAAGUCAGGUAUCACCACAAAGGGUCAGAGGUUCUUCAGGAUCAUAUCCUCUUUACCGCUACAGAUGGUGUUAAUUCCUUUGAGUUCAUCCUAUACAUUAAGGUGAUUCCUGUAAAUGAUGAGCCUCCGGUCAUGCACAUUGGCCUCGUCCCCAUCAUGCAGUGUCCAGAGGGUCAGGCAGUGCCCAUUACUUCAGAGCACCUUUAUGCUACCGAUGCAGACAGUGAGGACAUGCAGCUGACAUUCACUCUUGCUCGACAUCCUAAAUACGGGGUUGUGAAGAAGAAUGGAGUUGUGGUUGACGGUUUUUCCCAAGCAGCUAUUGUUUCUGGAACAGUAGCAUAUGAGCAUACGAGUGGAGAGAUUGGUUUGGAGCCUUUAUUUGAUAUCCUUACCUUUGUUGUUUCGGAUGAUGAAAUGGACCCAGAUGUAAAUGCCUGUUGUUAUGAUGGAUCUCUCCUUUCUACUGAAUCUCUUCAUAAAUCUUUUCCAUUGUAUGAUAUAAACAUCACAAUAUUUCCAGUGGACAACCAACCUCCAUCUAUAAUUACUGGCGCCAUGUUUGUUGUGGAUGAGGGCUCCACAGCUGCCAUUACAAUAAGCCACUUGUGUGGCACCGAUCCUGAUACUGAAGCAGAUGACUUGCAGUUUGUUUUAGCAUCUCCUCCUCAGUUUGGAUAUAUUGAAAACAUACUGCCUUCCCCUGGCUUUGAGAAAAGCAAUAUGGGAAUAAGUAUAACCUCGUUCCAGUUGAAAAAUCUGAAGGCUCAGCAUAUCAACUAUGUUCAGAGCAGGCACAGGAGGGUUGAACCAACCACAGACCAGUUCAUGCUUUAUGCCACUGAUGGGAAACAUCGUUCAAUGACAACACCAUUUUAUGUCUUAAUCAACCCAACCAACGAUGAAACCCCAGAAUUCAUGGCAAGGAAUAUUACAGUGAAGGAAGGUCAAAUGAAAGAGCUGGAUCCAUCAAUAAUCAAUGCUGUUGAUCUGGAUGUACCUCAAGAUGCUCUAAUGUUUACUGUCCUUCAACCACCCCAACAUGGUCUCCUCAUUAAUGGGAUGUACGGCAACAAUAUUGUACAUUACAGACAAGCAAUUCAUACCCACCAGCAUCAUGAGCUUCCCAUGCAGGGAUUCUCUAUGGAGCUUUUAAAAAAUGGAAUGCAGUUGAUGUAUAUGCAUGAUGAUUCUGACAGCUUAGUCGAUGGCUUUUCUAUCCAGUUAUCAGAUGGGAAACAUAAAGUGUCAAAAACCAUUUCAGUAGAGGUCAUUCCAGUUAAUGAUGAGAAACCAGUGCUGAACAAGAAGGGUAAGAUAGAGGUGAACAUGGGGGAAGCCCAAAUUAUUUCUGGUGCUGUUCUGUCAGCAGAAGAUAAAGACACCCCCAGGGAACAAAUUUAUUAUUUAUUUGAAAGAGUCCCAGAAAAUGGACAUCUUCAGCUCAAGGUAGGUCGUGACUGGGUGACCCUUGAGAACGGGAUGAAUUGCACCCAGGAAAACAUAGAUAUGAACAUUGUGAGAUACAUACACACUGGCACAAUUGGCUCAAAGGAACAAGAUAGUUUCGUGUUUUCUCUCUGGGAUGGAAACAACCGGUCUCCUGAGAUUGUUUUUCCCAUUGUAAUUAAGGAGGUUGGAAAAGGAAACAUUGCAGUUUCCAUGAGGCCCCUCACUGUAUUGAAGGGUGACAGAGGCCUCUUGAUGACUGACGUCCUCCUUGCAGUCGAUGGCACUGAGAAGCCAGAAGAGCUCCUCUACGUGAUCACCGCCCCUCCUCAGUAUGGACAGAUUGAAUAUGUUAGCUAUCCUGGGGUUGCCAUUACAAGUUUCAGCCAGAUGGAUGUGGCAGGCCAGGCAGUGUGCUAUGUCCACAAAAGCAAGGAAGCUUCUUCCAAAGAUACGUUCAGAUUCAUCAUCAGCAAUGGGCUAAGAACUAAACAGGGAGAGUUUGAGAUCAUCCUGGAGGCAGUGGACCAAGCCUUACCCACCGUGACCAAGAAUAAGGGGCUAAGAUUAUUGGAAGGUGGCAUGGCAUUCCUUUCUCCAGAUGUUCUACAGCUUUCGGAUCCAGACACAGCUCCACAAAACCUUUCCUUUCUCCUAGCUGAGCUCCCACAAUAUGGUCAGCUCUACAACAGGGAUUCUGGACUCUGGCGGCAAAGCUUUAGCCAACAAGAUGUGGACACUCUGAAUGUUGCUUACAGACAUGGAGGUGGUGAUUCUCGGAUAGACAGAUUCACAUUUGUGGCGACAGAUGGAGUGAAUCAAGGCUUCGUAGUAAAUAGCAAGGUUCAACUCGAGCCUUUGCCAUUCAUCAUUCAGGUGGAUAGCCCAGCAAAACCAGCACCAAAAAUUGUCCAUCUUCAUUGUGCUUCAGAUGUGGAACUUCUGAAAAAUGGCAACUAUGGUAUUUAUAUUACUGUCCGUUCACUGAAAGCCAUAGAUUGUGAUACAGAUGAUGGCCAAAUCAUUUUUAAGAUUUUGCGAAGACCUCAGUAUGGCUACCUGCAAAAUAUAACAACAGGUGGAUUUAUUCAAGAACAGUUCAGCCAGAAGGAUUUAAAUAGCAGAACCAUAUUGUACGUCAUUGAUCCUUAUGAGGAGAGCAAUUCAGAUAACCUGGAGAUUCAAGUUACUGAUCCUGAAGGAAAUUCGGCUGAACCUCAGAGGCUGGAACUGAAAUGGUCCAAGAUUGAAAUGCAGCAAGAUGUUUAUGAAGUCUGUGAAAAUGUGGGGAUGUUGCCUUUGAAAAUCAGCCGAUCAGGGCACACCGCCGAUUCAGCGUUUGUGGCAGUGAAGAUCAAUGAAAUGACUGCUUUGUCAGGAAAGGAUUUCACUCUGCCUCCUUCCCAUCUUAUUCAGUUUGAUCCAGGAAUGUCAACCAAGAUGUGGAAUAUAGCAAUUACCUAUGAUGGAUUAGAGGAAGAUGAGGAGGUCUUUGAAGUGGCUCUGAUCUCCCCUGUGAAUGCCGUUCUUGGCACCAGGACAAAAGCUGUCGUGAAAAUUUUGGACUCAAAAGGAGGUCAGUGCAGUUCAUUCCAUUCCUCCAGCCAAAACAGUCACAACUUAUGGAUGAAAGGAACGUUGCUUCCAGGCUCCUCUUCAUCUUCCAGGCCUGGAGCUGCUCACUUGGAAGGCAUCCCACGGCCCCCAUCGACAGAGGGAAUGGUGCAGAGAAAGGAUGAGCCACCACCAUUCAACUCUGCAAGGAGCAGGCUCAGGACCAUUGGAAAUGGCAAAAGAGUCCAUCCUUCUUCCAUUGUUAGAAAUGGCAAUGAUACAUUUCUUACAUACCAUGGGAUGGCUAUUUUAAGAGUGGAGGAGGACAACCCUUUGCAGAACAAGAAUGAGAUGGCAACCCUGUCAGGAAUUAAUCAAAAGGAAGUGAAGAAAAAUGGGGUUUCUCUCAAGAAAAUGGAAGUUCCACAAGCAGAUUCCAGCAUUCCGGUCCAGAGACUUUCCUUUCCAAAUAUAUGCACACCAGAUUUGAAAGGUCUCUUGCAUUUUGAAGAAAACACCCAGAAGAUGUAUCAAUGUGAUGGUAGUUCUUGGGCCUUAUGGAGUUAUGCAAACAAGGAUUCUACCAUAAAAAUCUGUCCUCCUGGAUGGAGUCACCAUGAUGGCAAUUGCUAUGUUCUGAUCACUGAUCCAAAAGUCAUAUGGACUGUAGCUGCCCGGAGCUGCAGGAGACAGUACCAUGGCAGUUUAGCCAGCGUGACUUCCACAACACAGAUGCAAUGGCUGUGGGACUUCAGUGGAAGGAAGUCUUUUUGGAUAGGCUUGAGUGAUCACAGAAAUCCAGGUCAAUUGGAAUGGAAUGAUGGAGAACAGGUUGUUUACACAAACUGGAAAAAAGGCCCACCCCGUCUCUCAAAGAAAGGAAAGAACUGUUUUCUAGCACAACAGCGAAGAAAAUGGCAAAGAAAAGACUGCAGGAAGGGCAAAGGAUACAGCUACAUAUGCUCUAAGAAACUGUAAAGAAAUAUACAUGUUUGGUUUUAUUUGUAUACAAUAAAGCAUAUUUAUUUGCAGCUGGAAGGACUGAAAGGAUUCAAAAUUGGAUAAGAGUGUGUCUUUAGAGAGAGAGAGUGGUCUAAUGUGAUAGAGCAGUGGUUCUCAACCUGUGGGUCCCCCAAUGUUUUGGCCUACAACUCCCAGAAAUCCCAACCAGUUUACCAGCUCUUAGGAUUUCUGGGAGUUGAAGGCCGAAGCAUAUGGGGACCCACAGGUUGAGAACCACUGUGAUAGAGGAAACCUUUACACUGGCUGUUCGUCAUACUUUUCCUCUCAUCCCUCCAAUGUUUAUAUGUUGAGUAUGAGUAAAGAAUGAACAGUUGUUUGCUUCCAAGUUCCUCCCUUUCAGGCUUGAUUUAAGACAGUGGUUCCCAACCUGUGGUCUGUGACCACCAGUGGUCCGCAAGAACUAAAAUAUGGUCCACGGCCUCACCAUUACAACUAUGGAUAAUAACACAGCUCAACCAAAAAUUUUCUUGGUGUCUUCAUUUUUAGGCCUGUUCCUGGGGUUAUUUGGGGUGCUGAUUCAGAAAAUUGCAUUGGACAGGCCACAUCAGCUCUAGAUUAUUAAAUAUGGUUUUCUGUGGGUAAGCAGAUGACGACUACUUGAUGGCAUAUGUUCUGUAUCAGAAACUAAAGCUGAUGUGGUCUAUUCAAUGCAAUUUUCUGAAUCAGCACCCCAAAUAAUCAAACCAAAUCAAAAGUUGACCAAAAACUGAUUCGUAACCCUUUGGGUACUAAUGUUGGAGAGUGGUCCCUGGUCAACGUGGUCCCUGGUCAAAAAAGGUUGGGAACCACUGAUUUAAGAGGUUGGAGAGAUAACUGGAGAAGAACUCUAUGGUGGGUACAGACAAUGUGCCACAUAUUUGAUCUACUCCAUGAUCCUUGGAUAGAACCUUCUCCUCCUCCAUUUUCUUGGCCAGAUAUGUUGAUGCUCCUUCUGAGCAGAGAGAGUGAGAUUUGUCUUAAGUCACCCAAUGGGUUUCCCUGGCUAGCAGUCUUCAGAGUCCUAGUCCAACACCCAAACCACUACACCAUUAUCACACCCACAACAUAAUUAGAACUAGAGCGAACACUAUUGUUUUAUGGAAGGUAGCCAAAAUGGAUCAAAAACCUACACACCGUCCAAGUUGGAGGAUAACCGAGGUAACCGAGAAGACUUUAUCAUACAUCAAGUACCAAUCUGUUGUCCAAGGUGCAGAAGCAACAAAGUUAUCACUUUGGGUACAGUAAGAAAGCCUGAUGACCUAUUCAAAGAGGGAAAGAAGCAAUGGUUUUAUUUAAAAAAAGAAAUAGCUGACAACACCACACCUCUUAACAUCUCAUUAAGACCUUCUUAGCACAGGGCUAGAAUAGAUAGUGUGGUGCCCUUUAACUACAAUUCUCAUUAGCCCCGGCUAGCAUGAUGAACAUUCUCUGGUUAUUUAUGGGAGUUAAGAGUCUGAAGCAUGUGAGGGGAAUCAGAUGUUUAUGUAAGUCUCAAAGAAAGGAGAUGUGAUUUCUCAGAACCCCCUUUUAAACACUGUAGUAGUUUAAUAUGUAGUUAAGAGUUUUACAAAUAUUUAUCAAUUAUAUACACAAUUCUUUGUCCUCUUAAAAAGUAUUUAAAACAAGAGGAUUGUGGAGGGAGGGUUGUAAAAAAUCAAAUAUUAUUUUCUAAAAUGUACUGAAAAUUAUGUUUCCACCAAUGCUGUGGCAUGGUUCAUUCCCUUUAAAUUCAAGUGCUGUUGAUCUAUUUUUGUACCCUAAAUAUCAUGUUAUAUGUGCUGUUAUACCAAAAGUAGUUUAAUAAAAAUAGUAUUACAAAUAAUACAA